AUGUGUUGGUGGAGUGUGGCCGAUGUGGUGACUCACGUGGGCGUUAAGCUGCUGUACAAGACACGCCAACCUUCCUACUCAUCAUGCAGGAACGUGCCAACAAACGAAUCGGGAGUGUUUCUUAUCAGUGUGAACAACGCAAGUUCACCAUUUCAAGUGUACUGCGAACAGAAAGGUGGUUGGAGGAGGGAGUUUGGAAGCGGUUGGCUCGUGGUGCAACAUCGCUUCGACGGAUCGGUUGAUUUUUAUCGGAACUGGACCGAAUAUCGCGAGGGUUUCGGUGAGUUGGACGGCGAAUUUUGGCUCGGGCUGGAGCGAAUUCAUCAACUUACGACAGCUCGCCCUCAUGAAUUGGUUGUGGAAGUGAAAGAUUUUAGAGGCAACUACGGGUUCGCCCGUUACAGUGAGUUUCAAGUAGGUAGCGAGAUGGAGGAGUACGAGCUUAAAACCUUGGGAUCGUAUACCGGUACUGCAGGCGAUGGACUGACACCCAACGAAGGAACCAAGUUCUCAACAAAGGAUCGGGAUCAUAAUGCCGUUUAUUACGAUGGUGCCUGGUGGUAUGGUGAUGGUUACUCGAAUUUAAAUGGACGAUAUAAGAAUGCUAACGGUGUGAAGUCAAUUUGGUGGCAUAAUUUCAAAAACGGACGACUUACGGCGUUGAGCUUCACCAGGAUGAUGAUACGUGAAUUGUAA